GUGUGGGAGGCUUACAGACGCAAGAAGUGGGCGCCACCGGAUUCGAGUGAUGUUAAACAGUGUCAGAAUGAUAAUUCCAUGGAAAAAAUCAAACAUGCCUUCACACAGGGCUGUCAGAUCUAUGGUUACAUGGAAGUGAAUAGAGUCGGUGGAAGUUUUCACAUUGCGCCGGGUGUCAGUUUUUCAGUCAAUCAUGUUCAUGUACACGAUGUUCAACCGUAUACCUCAUCUCGCUUCAACAUGACGCACAAAAUUAGACACUUAAGUUUUGGGCUUAAUAUCCCAGGGAAAACAAAUCCUAUGGAUGACACGACCGUCGUCGCCAUGGAAGGUAACGAAUCUUGUUCCUUAAUGCUACCUUUAUUAAAGACUUAGUGACUCGCGCUUACAAUACAAACAGUUUCAAUGAAAAAA